GCGUGUGACACACCACGAGGAGCACAGAUCGACACCAUGCCUCCAGUUGGUCGGCCGGCCACUGCCCGGCAUCUCGUCAGUAUGUAAGUGAUCGUUAAGCGAACUGCAUCGUAAAAGAACAACACGACGAGCGCGCACCCGCAAUAAACCGCAACGCAACCCAACGCGCUUUUGUCUUCCGCCUUUUGUCAAGUAGGCCUGAAACCUAUCUCUCUCUUCGUUCGCGUUCGCAGUGCGUGAUAACAAAGCAACCUCAGGCAGUGGAGCAGUGAGUGAGAAUGUCGUCCAAGAGAUCGCGCUGCGUGGUGGUCAUGGCAACGACAUUGGUGGCGCUGUAUGCGGCAACUCUGAUCGAUCGAGGUGCCGCCCUUGAAUGCCAUUUCUGCGUUGGAAUUGAUGAAUGCAACGUGACCGCGAUGGGAGUUGAACCCGUAAAUUGUACCGAUGAGAUCGUUCGCUUGACCAAUGAAUCGCUUGCCUCGUUCAUGCCAACCCUGGUCUAUUCGCCCAAAAUCGAGGAAGAGGCGUAUCAGUGCGUCCACGUGCGAGCCACAUCUCUAACCGAUAUGACGUUUCUGUUCAUACGCGGUUGCACCUAUUCCAUGAAUUCGACCGAUUUCUGCGAUCUCCGGUACGCCAGCUUCCGAGGAACUCGUGAGUGUGUGGCCUGUAACGAUGAAGAUCUGUGCAAUGACGUUGCCAUUAGCGAUGCAAGGAAGCAGCCACCGCCUUCUUUGACAACAGUCUGGCUGGUCACGCUGAGUGCAACCCUCAUCACCGUUAAUCAUUACCUGCGCCGAUGAAUAGUAAUAAAAAUUAAAAUUUGUUGCCCUUCCAUUGACGUACUUGAACACUGAGUGCUGGAAGGGGCCAGUGCUCUGAGCGUGGAAAAUUACAUCUGCGCACCUGUAUGGCGCAAAAGCAUCGUCGGAGGAUUUGCGUUGGCACACGAGAAUCCAUAAUCUGUAAUUAGUGCUAAACGCUGUGGUCAAAGGUGAUCUGUGCCCGAGCAGCCCGGAUUGAGGUGUGAUCGUUGUGUAACAAAGCGAAUUACGAUCGCUGCUGCCCAGAAGAUUCUCGAGUGUUGUUGGAAUUCCCUCGCGAGUGAAAAACAAAUGGAAUGCCUGGGGGUUGCAGGAUACGAUUUAUUGUGAAUAAACAAAAUGGUUCGAUGAAG